AUGCUCUCCUCCAUACGAGCCGCAUUUGCGCCUACAAGGGGAGAAGGAGUUCAGCAACGGACCCCACGGUAUGCCGGUGAAGACACUACCCCGACAACCCACCGAGAGAUCCUCGGUUGGUAUGCCUACGGUAUCGCGGCCGAGGUAUUUGCCGUGUGCGGAGUAGGCUCAUUCCUGCCUUUGACCCUCGAGCAGGUAGCGCGUGAGCAUGGCACCCUACAAAUGAGCCACCUGCCCUGCUGGGGACCGCAGGCACCAACAAAUGGAACACAGGGCGCGGGCGAACAGUGUAUGGUUGGGCUCUUAGGUCAUCCAGUCAGCACUGCUAGCUUUGCGAUGUAUACGUUCUCGUUGGCGACGCUCAUCCAGGCGUUGACCUUGGUUUCGUUCAGCGCCUUGGCGGACUACGAGAACAACCGCAAAACCCUACUCCUAGCUUUCGGAUUCAUUGGCUCGGCUACAAGCAUGCUAUUCACUGUGGUCUUCCCUUCGGUAUUUAUACUGGGCUCGAUUUUGGUCGUCAUCGGAGUGACAUGUCUGGGCUCAUCGUUCGUGGUACUAAAUUCCUUCCUGCCAGUUUUGGUCGCCAAUGAUCCUUCAGUCAACACCGGCGGUACCAGCAAUGACGAUGGACAUGAACUUGGAGACAUGGAUAAUGAUGUGUCUGACUGGAAUGCCUGGGACGACGAUGAUAGCUUGACUGGCAUGAACGUUCCAGACCACGAAGUUUCUUCAGUGGAGGAGGGCGUGAAGGCUAAGAAUAAAGAAUCCUCUUCACCACAGCUGCAGCUGUCGACACAGCUGUCAACACGGAUAUCUUCCAAGGGCAUCGGGUUUGGCUACUGCGCCGCUGUUUUUGUUCAAAUUCUCAGUAUAACGCUGUUGAUCACACUCUCAAAGACCGCUCUCGCAAAGAAGUCUGCUUCGAUUCCAAUGCGGUUUGUGUUGCUCUUGGUCGGAAUGUGGUGGGCUGUAUUCACCUUUGUCUCUGGCCGCCUUCUGCGUGCUCGACCCGGCCCUCCACUUGAGACUUCCACGCAGGGUAUAUCCAAAUGGCGUGGUUACUUGCGACUUGUAGGCUUUGCGUGGAAGUCUCUAUGGCAGACCAUGAAAAUCGCCGUCAGGCUGCGUGAAGUGGUGAUUUUCCUAGUCGCGUGGUUCCUCCUGUCUGAUGCCGUCGCAACAGUAUCUGCCACAGCGAUCCUCUUCGCUCGUACUGAGCUGAAGAUGAGCACGCCCGCCAUCGCACUGUUGUCCAUUACAGCAACUGUUUCUGGUAUGGCGGGUGCGUUCCUGUGGCCACAUGUAUCCCGACGGUUCAAUUUGAAGUCCAACCAAACCAUCAUAGUUUGCAUCGCCUUAUUCGAGAUAAUACCGAUCUACGGCCUGCUAGCCUACAUCCCCUUUGUAAAAAACUGGGGUGUAAUAGGCUUACAAAAGAUGUGGGAGAUCUACCCACUCGCCAUAAUCCUUGGAAUUGUGUCAGGAGGUCUAGCUUCAUACUGCCGCUCCUUCUAUGGACUAUUGAUCCCUCCCGGCCACGAGGCCGCAUUUUACGCACUGUACGCGGCCACCGAUAAGGGUAGUUCCUUCAUCGGUCCAGCAGUGGUGGGUAUGCUCGCUGAUGCAACUGGCCAGAUCCGGUCUGGUUUUAUCUUCAUUGCCAUCGUCAUAGUGCUGCCUAUUCCAUUGGUUUGGAUGGUCAACGUUGAGAAGGGUCGUAGUGAGGCUAUUGCCAUGGCUGGUGACUUGGACCAGUCACAUGGAGGCCCGGCGGACAAUGCUGAAGAGGCUGAGGGCCUUUUGGCGCGUGGGGCAUAG